ACACAUGGCGGAUUUUCUCCUAACAAAAACUAAACAGCUGUUUCCAUAUUUUAUCUGUUAAAAAUCCCCAAGUUUUUUGUCCCCUUACUCCAAUUCCUAAAUCCGAUCGAAACAGCUGGUUAGUUUUCUACGUCCCACGACCAGUCUGAGAAAAAUGGUGCCAGAUCAUCACGACGAGACGGAUAAGAAUAAAACCUACGCCGAAGCUGUCGGUGGCGGUGGCCAUGGCGAUGGCGAUGAUGUCGGAGAAAUCGUCAACCGAGGGACGAUCAAUCGUCGCGACUAUGGGGAGGAGGAGGAUGAUUCGGAGAGCCUCUACUCCUUGCUUUGCCUCACGAUCGGUUUGAUUCUAUUUCCGGAUUCGAAAUCCGGGGAGGCCUCGUCUUCUCUGCUUCAACGAAUAAGAAACUCCGUCGCCGAGAAUGGCCCGAAACUUCGAGAAGCUUCUCGAAAAACUUCAUGCGAGAUUCUCCAAUGGACUCGUCGGGGAAGCCCGCUUCGUGCACUGCUUGUCAUCACUAUGGGAACAAUAGUUCUGCUUACAACAAUGGCGUUGGUUGUCUUCACGCUCUUCUUUGUAGCUGCAACGGCCAAUGCAAUUAUAAUCUCUCUUCUGAUUUCACUCGCUGUUGCUGGUGGCUUCUUGGCUUUCUUCUUUCUCUCCUUGACUGCUAUUUACAUCGGAGCCUUAUCCGUUGCUGCAUUCGUCAUCUCUGCCGCUACAAUUUCAGCUGUUGUUUCCGUCUUAAUUGCUUCAGGUUGGGUUGGGUUUUUCUAUGCUGUUUGGUUGGGAGCAAGAGGAAGCCUGCGUUUGGCGAAGCAAUCGGUUUCAGUGAUGGGAUCAGCCAUUUCAGGUAACAGUUUCAGUCGUCCUCAACACAAAGAUCGAGAGGUGAACAUCGAAACCUCCAGCUGAGAAUCCGUCUCUUUCUCCUCUUCUUUUUAAAGUCUCUACUGUUUGUAGAUAAACCCCGAGUUUUGGUCAAGCGUGUUGUUGAUGGAAGUUUAUAUAAAUUAAUGUUUAUAUA